GUCUUUACCGGGGACACAGCGUCUCUACCGGGGACAUAGCGUCUCUACCGGGGACAUAGCGUCUCUACCGGGGACACACCGUCUCUACCGGGGACACACCGUCUCUACCGGGGACACAGCGUCUCUACCGGGGACAUAGCGUCUCUACCGGGGACACAGCGUCUCUCUACCGGGGACACAGCGUCUCUCUACCGGGGACACAUCGUCUCUACCGGGGACACACCGUCUCUACCGGGGACACAGCGUCUCUGUCCAGAUGUGGAUCCAACCGGAAGAGGUUCUGCUCGCCGGUGCUCUCUGGGUGUCUGAACGGGCCAAUCCGUUCUUCAUCCUGCAGAGGAGGCGGGGCCACGGUCGCGGGGGGGGGCUGUCCGGUCUCCUUGUUGGGACUCUGGAUGUGGUCUUGGAUUCCAGUGCCAGAGUUGCUCCGUACAGGAUUCUGCUGCAGACGUCCGACUCUCAGAUCUACUGGAACAUCGCCUGUGGCUCCAGCAGGAAGCAGAUCACGGAGCUCUGGGAUUGGCUGGAGUCCAACCUGCUGCAGACCAUCAGCAUCUUCGACAGCGAUGAAGACGUCACGACCUUCGUCAAAGGAAAGAUCUGCGGCCUCAUCGCGGAGGAGAAGCGGCUGCAGCCGGGGGAGGAGCCGGAGGACUGCGGGAAGUUCCGGGAGGCGGAGCUAAAGAUGAGGCGGUUGUUCCGGAUGCCUGAAGAAGAGAAGCUGGUGAACUAUUACUCCUGCAGCUACUGGAAGGGCCGAGUGCCGCGGCAGGGAUGGCUCUACCUGUCCGUCAACCACCUCUGCUUCUACUCAUUCCUAUUGGGCAAGGAAGUGACCCUGGUGGAGCAGUGGACGGAGGUGACCCAGCUGGAGAAGAACGCCACGCUCGUGUUCCCGGAGAGCGUUCGGGUCAGCACACGUCACGAGGAGCAUUUCUUCUCCAUGUUCCUCAACAUCAACGACACCUUCAAGCUGAUGGAGCAGCUAGCUAACAUCGCUAUGCGCCAGCUGCUGGACAACGAGGCGUUCAGCGCCGACCGCUCGCUGCCCAAAGCCUGCAAGACCCUGAAGAACGUCUCUGCUCUCAAGAGGGAUUUGGACGCGCGGGCGAAGAACGAGCGGUACCGUACGAUGUUCCGUCUGACGCAGGACGAGCGUCUGGACGGACACACCGACUGCACGCUGUGGACGCCGUUCGCUAAGAUGCACGUCGUCGGUCAGCUGUUCAUCUCCAACAACUACGUCUGCUUCAACAGCAGAGAAGAAGAACUGUGUCAGCUGAUCAUCCCGCUCAGAGAGGUGUCCAUCGUGGAGAAAGCGGACAGCAGCAGCGUCCUGCCGUGUCCCGUCUCCAUCAGCACCAAGAACAAGAUGACUUUCCUGUUCGCCAACCUCAAGGACCGGGACUUCCUGGUGCAGCGGAUCUCUGACUUCCUGCAGAGGACGCCUGACAGUUGCUGGGGCGACACCAACCCGCUGUCUCUGAUUGGCUCCUCGGCGCCUGCAGAGUCCGCCAGCAGGGGGCGACAUUACCACGCCGGCCUCCCCACCGCCAGCCGGGCGCUGCUGCAGCUCUACCAGCAGGACGCAGCGGAGGACCUGGGCCCCCGAGCUAUGAAGGAGAAGAUGAAGGAGGAGGCGUGGAACAUCCAUUUCUCAGAGUUUGGUCGAGGUGUCUGUAUGUACCGGACCUCCAGAACCAGAGAACUCAUCCUGAACGGGAUCCCAGAGAGCCUGAGAGGGGAGCUGUGGCUGCUGUUCUCUGGAGCACAGAAUGAGAUGGCGUCCCACCCUGGUUACUAUGGCGACCUGGUAGAGCAGGCCAUGGGGCUGUGUUCAUUGGCUACCGAAGAGAUUGAGCGUGAUCUUCACCGCUCGAUGCCUGAACACCGAGCCUUCCAGAACGAGACGGGCAUCGCUGCGCUGCGCCGCGUCCUCACUGCCUACGCCCACCGGAACCCGGGUAUCGGGUACUGCCAGGCGAUGAACAUCGUCACCUCCGUCCUGCUGCUGUUCUGUACGGAGGAGGAAGCUUUCUGGCUGCUGGUGGCGCUGUGUGAGCGGAUGCUGCCAGACUACUACAACACCAGGGUCGUAGGAGCUCUGGUGGAUCAGGGCGUAUUCGAGGACCUGACCCGGGCCUUCCUGCCUCUGCUGUAUGAACACAUGCAGGAUCUGGGAGUGAUUUCCACCAUCAGCCUGUCCUGGUUCCUCACGCUCUUCCUGUCUGUGAUGCCCUUCGACAGCGCCGUGCUGCUGGUCGACUGCUUCUUCUAUGAGGGCAUCAAAGUCAUCUUCCAGGUGGCGCUGGCGGUGCUGCAUGACAACAUGGACGCUCUGCUGUCCUGUAGAGACGAAGGAGAAGCCAUGACCAUCCUGGGCAGGUACCUGGAUAACGUAGUGAACAAACAGACGGUGGCUCCGCCCAUCCCUCACCUGCACGCCCUGCUGACGAGCGGUGACGAUCCGCCGCCGGAGAUCGACGUCUUUGACCUCAUCAAGUCGUCCUACGAGAAGUUUGGCAGCUUGCGCUCUGAUGUCAUCGAGCAGAUGAGGUUCAAGCAGAGGUUAAAGGUCAUCCAGUCUCUGGAGGACACGGCCAAAAGGAGCGUGGUGAGGGCGAUGAUGACGGAGUCCGCGUUCAGCAUCGAGGAGCUGGAGGAGCUGUACUGUCUCUUUAAGGCGCAGCAUGUGACCAGCUGUUACUGGGGCUCCAGCAGCUCGGCGGCGGAGCGUCACGACCCGAGCCUGCCGUACCUGGAGCAGUACCGGAUCGACCCGGUCCAGUUCACCCAGCUGUUCACUGCGCUCGCCCCCUGGCUCUGCGGAGGCCACACCCCCUCGCUGUCUGCACGCCUCUUCAGGAUCCUGGACCAGAACCAGGACGGGCUGGUCAACUUCAAAGAGUUCAUCACCGGGCUCAGUGGAAUGUAUCACGGAGACAUGACGGAUAAACUCAAACUGCUGUUCAAGCUCCACCUGCCGCCAGCUUUGUGUCCCGAGGAGGCCGAGUCUGCUCUGGAGGCUACACACUUCUUUACUGAUGACACUACACAAGAAUCUUCCUUCCUGUCUAAUCCGGACACUUUGGGACAACAGGAAGUGACAUCAGGUGAGGAGGGGAAGGAUGGAGGCGGAGACAGUGAGGAGAAGAAAGAGGAGAAGGUGAAGGACUACAGGUACUACCUGAGGAUGUGGGCCAAAGAGAAGGAACCCAAGAGAGAGACCAUCAAAGACCUGCCCAGGAUGAACCAGGAGCAGUUCAUAGAGCUGUGUAAGACGCUCUACAACAUGUUCAGUGAGGAGCCGCAGGAGCAGCAGCUGUAUCACUCCAUCGCCACCGUGGCCAGUCUGCUGCUGCGGAUCGGAGAGGUCGGCAAGAAGUUCAACAACGGCUGCAAGAAGACAGACAGCAGCCAGGCCCCGCCCCCUGUGCAGGCCCCGCCCCCUACACAGGCCCCACCCACGGCCCCGGCUGAGCAGGAGGAGGGGGGCGAGGGGGCGUCAGGUGAGUCCCAGGUGUGCCGGGCGCUGGCCGACGCCCAGCUGGAGCCGGACGAGGAGGCCAGAGACGACCUGUCGGUGUCGUCGUACUCGGUGGUGAGCUCCGGCUCGCUGCAGUGCGAGGACAUCGCCGACGACACCGUGCUGAUCGGAGGCGGUGAGCAGAGGCGGGGCAGCGUGCUGGAUGCCGAUUGGUCGAUCACCUUUGAGCAGGUGCUGGCGUCGCUUCUGACCGAGCCGCCGCUCGUCGACUACUUUGAGAAAAAGAGGGACAUUCAGGCCAAGAUGGCCGCCUGUAAGGCUCAGCGGGUGGUGGAGCGUCAGAUUAGCUCCGCCUCCGACCACGAACUCACCCAGCACUCUGUCUGAGUGACCUUUGACCUGCACCUGUCCUCACGUCUCCUCGUGUCCGUCAGCUGAAGCAGGUGACAGAACUACAGAAGCCUCAAAGUCCAAAAAGAUGUUUUAUUAAACAAAACCUGAGAAUCAUUUGUUUCUGCUCGGAGGAGAAAAAGAAGAAGAAGAAGAAGACGACGAUGAAGAUGAAGAAGAAGAAGAAGAAGAAGAAGAAGAAGACGACGAUGAAGAAGAAGAAGAAGAAGACAGUCCACGUCUGCAACAACAAAUUAAUAAAUCAUUAAUAGUUAUAAUCAUUAAUAAUUAAAUAUUAAUUAUUACAUUUUGUUGUUUUUGUUGGAAAUCUUCUUUCAGAAUCAUUUCAAGAAAAAAACGUUUGAGUUACAACGACUGAACAAAACUAUUAAUGUUGAUGACAUCAUCACCUCAUGUUGAUGACAUCAUCACCUCAUGUUGAUGACAUCAUCACGUCUGUCUCUUUUAUUUGGAAGUCACUGAAGCCUUGUUUUUUUUGUUUUCUGUGCUGCCUGAUGCUGAUGACAUCAUUCCUGUUUGAUGACAUCAUUCCUGUCUGAUGACAUCAGAGGGUGUGUUUUUAUUUUCUCCGUCAUAUUUUAAAUCUGUUCCAUUGAUCAUUUAUCGAUCUGUUGUCUAAUAAAUACUGA